CAUAAUAAAGUCAAUGGCUAAAUUGGUGAAGGCACUGACACGAAUUAAAAGUAUUUAAAAUAAAGUAUUUUGUUUUAAAAUAUACGCGGUAGCUUUUGUGGCACAUGCAUACUUUUUUAUUCAAUUUUAUCGUUUUAAAAAGGAAGCAAAUAUUUGACAUGCGACGAAACAAACCAAAUUGUCAUUGGGUUGUGUAUUAACUACAUUAACAUUCGUCUUUCCUCGUGCUUGCGUGCGUUGAAGAUAUUUUUCGCUUUAGCAAUAAGCAGUAAUGCCUUCGAAGAAGAAUACGCCCAAUGGCUUUUUUUUAUAUAUGCAAUCAUUGCGUCCACUAUUAAAGCGGGAAGGAAUUGUAGUGAAGAAUAAUAAACAACUGGCAGACCUUGCUGGACCACGAUGGGCUGCUCUUACAAAAGAAGAAAAGGAGCCAUACAUGAAUGAGGCAAAAAGAGAGAAGGAAUGUCGUCAGUAUAAUUCACGUCCAGAUGCUAUGGACUGCACAGGACAAUACAUAUCACAACGUGUGGAUAAUGUGCAGAUUAAGGAAACAAGAAGAAGAAAUGUAAGAAAGAGGGUAGUUGAGUCCUGGUUAGGAAAAGAUGUCACAGUUGAGAAGUUUUACAUGGUUGACUUUAUGAGCCUAUGUGACCUACCUGGCGAUCGGUUUAUGCCAUGUGAAAUGGGCUUGGUUGAGUAUUCUUUGCAGUAUGGCAUCAUUCGUAGCUUUCAUAAAUUCAUUUAUCCAGGACAAAUUCCUCUUGGAUUCAGAUAUGAAGCAAUGAGGAAAAGUGAGGCUACUCAUAAAAUACCGAUUGAAGGUCUUGCGACAGAUUCAUAUAGCCAAAUUUAUGAAGACUUAUUGGAUUUUCUCAGCUCAGGGCGGCAAAAUGAUGGCCAAUAUCCUCCAUUGUACUGCAAGGCUUCGCAAUCAAAGUUAGUAGAGUUCUCUCUCAUAUGGCUGGCACAUUCUGCAGGAAGCUCGAACAAAUUAAAGCAUGUGUACGAGCUGGAAGGUUUGGUUUGCGAUUUAUUCAUGGAAUCUGGGGAAGCUUUUGAUGGUAAAGUAAUAACACUGCACAAUGCAAUGGAGAUAUUGUCAACGACGGUUUUCGAUUAUAAUUCUGGAACAAGAUGUAAAUGGCACGAGGAAAUUGAUAAUAAAUUCUGUGCAUUGGGAACAGUGCAACGAUAUUGUUUUUGCAUGUCAGAUGUCUUAUGUCGAGCAUUCGACAUUGAAUUGACGUCAAAGCAUGUCCCUGAGAGAUCUGACGGCGAUACAUGCGUCGUCAUCACGCCAUGGAUGUCGACAGGUCGACAUAGUAAAAACGAUGGUCAAACAAUAGAUGGUCAGGAGAGAACUGGUUACCGAAAUGGAUACGUUAACAAGAACAAGAAACAUCUUUAUACUGAACGCGGCCCCACGUACGACCAAGACGUUCUAAAGUCAGCGGAAGUUCGCGAAGUAGCAACUCCUACCAAAAACUUACCAAGCACGCUUUCGACAGGACUUCAUUUUUAUGGUAGAGGACGCGGCCGUGGUCGAGCUGCUCUUUACAAUUCUUUAAGGAAUCCUUUCGUGCUAGGUGGCACGAGUAGUAUUCUAAGUGUCACUGCAGGACCUGGUACUACAGAAGGAGUUCGUACUUCCUCAUCACCAUGGUCAGGUACCUUAGGGGCUGGACGUGGUCAGGAGGUCCGUACACCUCAUACGACCCCGAUAGGUUGGGCUGGAGGGAAAUCAGCUCCGCAUCCAUCGAGUGCUCCCUUUCCACCAACAUCGUGGCAGUUGCCUUCGAGUGCUUCAUCUGCAAUACCCUCUUCACCUGCAGUAAAGUUAGAGCAAGACUUUGAAAGUUUUUCGCUUUUCGAUAAAGAUGAUUACGGCUACUGAAAUCGAAAGUGAAUCCGGUUUUUAAGUUAUUUGAAGUAAGACGGACCAUAAUUAUUCAUGUUUUGUUGUUGUUAAAAGUUUACAAACCUGUCUAAUAGUGCUUAUUUUCCGUUGUUUUUUUGUCUUUUUUCGAGAAUGUGAAGUUAUAAAAUCGUAGUGCCUUAUCUCCUUUUGCUAAUGACGACAUAAUGAUUUUAAAAGUAGACGAAACAUGGCUUAAAAAUUGUCGACUAGCACAGCAUACUGCAGUGUUUUUGUGUUUUUGUGAUUUUAUUUCUGUUUUUACUUUUACCUUAGGGGUCUCGAUUGAAUGAUUAACUUGUAUAUAACAGCUAUACUUGUAAUAAAUAUGUAACUUUUUGGA